ACUAUACACUUCUUUCAUCUAAUUAUUAAGAGCAGUUGUGAAUAAUAAGAAACUUGAGCGAUUAGGAAUAUAGGAAAAAAAUGGACGAUUUCUCCUAUAGGACUUGAAUCUAUGUUAAAUAACCAUUAAAAACAGUGCUACAACACAUACAAGAAAAAGAGGCUACACGAGUAUCAGCAUUAACAUUUAGUGGAAGAAACGAUACAGUUUGCAAUUGACCAUGUCUAACCCACAACCACCAAAUUAUGGAUCAGCCGGCAAGGGAUCUGGGUAUCCCCCGCAGCAAGGUUACCCUCAACCUGGCUACAACCAACAGGGCUAUUCCGCACAAACAACCACCGUGAUUACCGCUGGCCAGCCAAUCGUUGUUUCCGGGACAUGCGCUGUGUGCGGGGUAGGCGUGGUCAGCGAAAACUUCACCGUUUUGGGAAUUGUGCUUGCCAUUCUGUUCUUCCCAAUCGGAGUGUUGUGUUGUUUUCUUCUUAUGGAAAAACGGUGUAGCCACUGCGGUGCUACUUUUUAGAAAUUCUAAAAACCGGAUGUGACAUAAGAAACAGGAGGAAAUAUCAUUCAAAACAUGUGUUUCCUCAAUGAUUUGUCAUUAAAGUGCUUAUUACUCAUAUCUUGACAAAUUGACGUAUAUAAUCACUGAUUUUACCAUAACUACUCUCCCUGACGACAUAACUGCUUAGUUUUGCUUAGUUGUUAAAUCCAUGUAAUUUUGCUGCACAAAAUAUAUACAUGAACUGCCACAGGAACUUGACCCAGUGUUACAGCCUGUUCCGUUAUUGUAAUUUUUGGUUCGUUGAUAUCUAUGGCACCCAGAUAUUGACAAAAAAAAUUGAUUUCAGACAAAACCUCGCUACGAAUAUGUGUCUAAUUGUAGUUGUUUAUAUAUCACUUCUAAGCUGUGUCUGUAAAUGUGGUUCACUGUGUUCCUAGAUAUAUCAGGUUUGUCUGAAAUAGCUAGUUUGUCCAUUUUAGUCCCUAGAUGGUUUUACUAACAAUGUUUACACAAUAUAACUCUAUGGCCAAAUAAAAGUUUGAGUUAAUGAUAUAAGUGAAGGCGAUCCAAGCUCAGACUUUCCCCAAGAGGCUCAUAGAGUGCUUACGACCAGAGCUUUAUGAAGUUCAGUCGUUAUAAACCGAACGACUGUAUUUCAAAAAACUUCCUGACUGAAACGAUACAUGAGUAAACUAAGCAUGUCCAUUAUACAUAUUUACGUUUAUCUCGUUCUUGUAGCCAUUUUAUCUGUCAUGUGUGUAGGAUUUUAUACUUCACUUCUUUAUAACGACCGACAGCAUACACCUAAGGCCUAAAAAAAAUAUGUCUGUUUCGGGUAACCCGACCCUACCUAUAAAAAUGCGCCGACCCUAACUAUUUUUUUCCGUUUCUGAGCAAAAAAAAUAUUCGUUAGCGAAUAGAGAGUUACGAAGGGCGGAUAAAUGCAUAUUUUAAUCAGAAUUAUUGUUUAUAUGAUAAAACAAAGUCAGGCAAUGACAGUAAUGUAGGAAAGACUGCCAUGUGCAAGAAAACACUCUGAACUUACGACAUAUUUUGGAAUUUAAAAAAUAAAAAUAUAAAAAAAUCCCUACCUACCCUACCUAGAAAUUUUGGGAAGGUUACCCUAAACAAACAAUUUUUUUUUGGCCUAAUGAGUGUUGUCAUUGUGACUGUAUCAGAACCAAAGUGAAACUCAAAAUCAGUUUCAUAAAUUGUUUGCUAUUCAAAACAAGAGUUCUUGCAUAUUGUUUGUACGUUUAGAUGCACUGCAAUUUGUCAUAUUUAAAUCAUGUGUUUUAAAUAUAUUGCAGCUUUGUGUUGCACCAUUCUUAUAAAUUUGAAAUGUC